UCAUAUUACCAGCCACGGUUGCUAAUGAGAUGGGUUCACUGUUUGUACUAACAGUGUAAAAAAAAUUCUCUGGCGACGGAGUCUGUGUCUGCGACUGCACAAUGUACGUGUUCCCCAGUUUCGUUGCCAUUUUCCAGUUGUAUUCGGUCGUUUGGUGCCACCAACCCGUGUACAAUUACAAGCAAACAAAAUACUUUCGAAAAUUGUGUCACAUCCAAAACGAAAAAGAUGAGUGCUUACAUAAUUUCAGCGAUUCCGCUGGACCUGAUCAAUUCCGACGGAUUGCGAACGAGCAACUCGUUGCUGCGCAACGAGGAGAGCGUCGACAGAGACGUGAAACGCCUGAGGGCUGCGGUCUGUACAGGGAUCCUUUGGAAGUUUUGGGUUCCGCGUUCCCGUCGAAGGUCAUGCUCAACAUGUGCGAAAUCCACCUGCUGGUGCAGGCCGACACCUUGUCCGGGCUUAAGUUCACCAACCGGGGAUCGAAGACGUGCACGGACGUGUGCGUGCAGUACAGCAAGAGCAUGCGGCUCGAAGGGCCCGUAAUCGUCACGUUGAUGCAAGGAUUCUGCAACUAUUCGAGUAACAGCACGAAACUGACCGAAUCGGAUCUGGAAACGACGUGCACGUGCGCGUACCAAGUCCGGUGCGACCGCCAGACGACCGUGAUCCUGUACACGUUUCAGACCAACUGCAACGGCUACGUGAAAGUAUUGUACACCGAUACGAACAAACCACAGAGGAUUACCUGAAAACGUAGUCUGCUAACGUGUA